AUGAUACCCAGAAGGCCCACGGCCAUUCAGCUAAGCGACGACGAGCUCGCGGCGAUAAUUACGGGCAUUCGCCCGCACCUGCUUCCGCAGCUGCAGCAGCACCAGCAGCAGCGGCUGCAGCAGCGUGCAUUCGGUGUACGAGACGAGGAAGUGCAGUGGGAGCCGACGCUGCAACAGCACCAGCACCAGCAGCAGCAGGCGGCACCGCAGGAAGGCACGAACUUCACCCCGCUCGAGCAGCAGCAGCCCCAAGACCAGCAGCAGCAGCAGCAGCAGCAGCAGCAGCAGCAAUAG